AGAAGCAAAAAGGAAUUGGGUAACUUUAGUGGGCCAAUAACAAAACUACAAUCAUAAUGGGCCUCCUUCUUAACUCCGCCGAUAGUAGUAGUACAUCACGCGCGGUAGAGAAAACAGAGGAAGCCAAAGCCGACGCAGGGAGAGAAAGAGAGAGAGAGAGAGAGAGAGAGAGAGAGAGAGAGAGAGAGAGAGAGAGAGAGAGAGAGAGACGAGGAAGAUGAGAGAGACGGUGAAGUUGAUAAGCAUGGAGGGUUUCGAGUUCGUCAUCGACAGGGAAGCCGCCAUGGUUUCUCAGACUAUCCGAAGCAUGCUCACUUCUCCAGGUGGCUUUUCGGAAUCAAAAGAUGGCGUUGUGACUUUCCCUGAUAUCAGCACCACGAUCCUAGAGAAGAUCUGCCAAUACUUCUAUUGGUCUCUUCAAUACUCCAGAGGCAAAGAGACCGAGUUCCAAAUCGAGCCUGAACUGACUCUGGAGCUGAUGAUGGCUGCUAACUAUCUUCACACUUGAAGAGUUGAAAUGAAAACGCUGCUGAAUCUUAUUCUGAACAGUAUAGUUUCGUUUAGGUCUAGACAUAAUAUGUAAAUCCCUGGAGCACUUGUGUUGAUUCAUAAGUUUAUUUGAUAAAAAAAAAAGUCUGCAUUGUGUUCAUGAAGAACCAUUGAAUAGCUCCCAGGGAAACAAAGUCGUUUACUUCUUUUCUUAGCUUUUAGUUUUUGACUCUUGUGUGCAACAUCAAACUUCUUGUGGCGUUACUAAGUUGCUUAUAUUCAAACAGCUUAGCAAGCUUUGUAAUAGGCAACAUAUCUUAUGUUUUAAUAAUUAUUGGUUUGGUGCCGAAACCACUUGAAAAAUUACUCU